GGGACUAGACAUUCCUCAUGUGGAAUUUGUUAUAAACUACAAUGUACCAUUAUCUGAGAAAACGUAUAGACAUCGUGUUGGUAGAACUGCACGUGCUGGUCAAAGAGGAAUAGCUCUAACCAUAGUAACACGUGAUGUAGCACCUGUGUUUCUAGAAUUAGAAGCAUCUCUACUACCAUAUCUACCAAAAUCUAAGGCGGAAGUCAGUAACUCUUCUCCUGGAAUACCUCGUUGGCCAAUUCCAGUUCCUGACUUGAACGGUCGAGAUAGUAUACUUGUCCGUCGGCGGUUAGCUGAUCAAGCUUGGUCUCGAGCUUCAAAG